AUGCCUAUGCAUCCGGUGACUUCCACGUUGAUGUACCGGGGGAUCUGCACGAUUCCAGAUAUCCUGUCAUACCGUGCACCGGUCAACCUGCCUGAAGAUGAAGUGGAAGAAAUCCGGGAGGCGUUCAAGGUGUUUGAUCGAGACGGGAAUGGAUUCAUCUCAAAGCAGGAACUUGGUAUGGCCAUGCGCUCAUUAGGGUACAUGCCCAAUGAGGUCGAGCUAGAGGUCAUCAUUGAAAGACUCGACAUGGAUGGAGAUGGCCAGGUGGAUUUCGAGGAAUUUGUUACCCUCCUGGGGCCCAAACUCACAGCUGCCGGAAUGCCUGACAAGUUCAACGGAACCGAUUUUGACUCUGUUUUCUGGAAGUGUGAUAUGCAGAAACUGACUGUGGAAGAACUAAAGAGAUUGUUGUAUGACACUUUCUGUGACCAUCUGUCUAUGAAGGACAUUGAGAAUAUUAUCAUGACUGAGGAAAACCAUAUUGAAAAUCCCGAGGACUGCCAGGUUGACAUUGACACUGAGAGUCCGACCCAACAGGUGAAGCAAACAUGCGUACGGAAGAGUCUGAUCUGCGCCUUUGCAAUUGCUUUUAUCAUCAGUGUCAUGCUCAUCGCGGCCAAUCAGGUGCUUCGCAGUGGCAUGAAGUAACCGAGAGGACCAAUCACAGCCUAGAUUUUAUUAAAAAUAUACCAAUGACAGAAAUGGCAAAAAAAAAAAAUAAAAAAAAAAAAAAGAAUUUGGAGACGAGCUACUGCUUCCACUGUGCAAAACUUUUCAUAGACAGUUGCUUUGAAUUGUAACGCAUAGAUAUGCACCAAUGUCUGACCCCUCUUACCUGCAGAGAAACUAAACAAAACCCUAAAACUCUUCUAAAGAGUAAAAGAAAAGGAGAGGAGUUUCAAAACUCAUUGGAACAUUUAACCAGGACAAAUGUUUUGGACUUAGGAUGUUAUGGCGAAUUUAGGCGUAUGGGCAUGUUCAACCAAGGAUCCUACUCUUUGACGCAUGAUGAUGCAUGGAUUUACAAUAGUCAGCUGUUCAUCCAUUCAUCUACAGUAUAUAUUAGAUCGCACAACAAAUUUUACCAUCAAAGACCCGCCUGACAUAUAUUUGAAGCGCUAAAAUACAACAUCCAAUAUAAUGAUCCCUUUGCAUGAGAAUAAGGGCUGUUUAGGGCAUGCUUAUGUCAUGCAGUGUUUGUCUUGUGUUGUCGAGUAAUUUUCGUGGGUUCUUAAGUAUUGAACAUGCCUGAAAAGAUUGUAAUUGUACUGUGGCCAAAGGCUGUGUGAAACAACCCAAAAGUGAUGUUUUACCAAUAGUGAACUAUUAUUAAGGGGUUUACAUGGAUCAAUGGUAAUGUAAUAAUGUACAUUUCUUUUUCACCUGAAAUACACUAUGCAUUUUCAGGCUUACUUUC